AGAGUCACACACCUACACUGAUCGAGGCCCCUCCUGCUCGCCGUGCCGUGCCGUGCGCUCACCAUGGAGACCUCACCGUCUCGCAGCGACAGCUUCUCCCGCGUCGGAUGGCGGCUCAGGUGCAAGGCGCGGGAGGUGCCGUCCUUCGAGCGCCUGGGCGUCGACGCCGGGCUCGGAGAAUCUUUCAACAGCUCCACCGCGUCCUUCAUCGACAUGGACCCAGCGGAGCUAUUCUCGAUGCGGUGGACGGCGGAGGACGCCGGCUUCGACUUCGGCCUGCCGUGCGCCGGGGAGUGCUCCCCGCUGCUGGUCAGCGCCGGGGAACUCCUCCCCUGCGAGCCGAGCGGCAUUGCCCGUGACGGCUGCAGCGCAUACGCCGACGCGUCGGCGGGCUCGUCGCCGGUGUUCCAUUCUGCGCAGAGCACGCCGGCCUCCGUGAUCAGCUCCUCGCGGCGCACAGGCGCCAAGCCGAGAGCGCCGCUGCUGGCGACGAGGAGACUGCUGCUGAGGUACCUGCGCUUCCUCGUGCCGCUGUGCCGGAAGGCGAGGGCGCUGCGGGUGCUCGCGCCGCGGUCCAGGGCACCGGCCGCGACCUCGGCGCGGCGGUCCACGUCCGGCGCGGCGGAGUACUGGUGCCACGGCAACGCCGACACCGCCGUGCGCGACGCCAUCCUCCACUGCAAGAAAUCCUUGACUGCUCGUGCUGAAUGCUGAACCGAAUCGCGGAAAAAAAAAUAUGGUUCUUUAUAUUAUCUAGUUCCUUUUUUCCACUUAAUUUUGGUUUCGAGUAUACGUACAUGAAGUACAGUUAUACGUUGAUGAAUUGUGCCCACGGUAGUUUUACCCUUUGAGGCGAUCUAGCUACUGUGCAAUAGAAGGGAUGUUUUCAGGAUGUUCCAGUAAUUUCAAUUUCGUUUUACAAAUUAUUUUUUCA